AAACACAAAUCUGUAAUUGAUUUUUCUCGAUUCAGUCUUCGUGAGUGACUUCGACGACGAGACGACGAUUCACAUUUCCCCUGAGGCCUGAGCUUCUCCUUCUCCGAGCCGAGGUUGAGAAUUGGAAAACAAUGGAUGAAUCUUUGGAGAAUCAGAGUCUAACAAAUGCAGAAGAAGAAGAGAGCGAAAUAGUUACUGAAGGAAGUGCUGUUGUGCACAGUGAGCCUUCACAAGAUGGUAGUGUUCCCCCUAAGGUUGAUAGUGAAGUUGAGGUCUUGGAUGAGAAGGUCAGUAAGCAGAUCAUUAAGGAAGGUCACGGUUCCAAACCAUCCAAAUACUCGACUUGCUUCUUGCACUAUAGGGCAUGGACCAAAAACUUGCAGCAUAAAUUUGAGGAUACAUGGCAUGAACAGCAACCUAUUGAAUUGGUUCUAGGAAAAGAAAAAAAAGAACUGGCUGGUUUAGCCAUCGGUGUUUCUAGCAUGAAGUCUGGUGAGCGGGCACUCGUGCAUGUUGGCUGGGAAUUGGCAUAUGGGAAAGAAGGAAACUUUUCCUUUCCGAAUGUUCCACCAAUGGCAGACUUGUUAUAUGAGGUUGAAGUUAUUGGAUUUGAUGAAACAAAGGAGGGAAAGGCUCGCAGUGAUAUGACUGUGGAGGAAAGGAUUGGUGCAGCAGACAGACGGAAAAUGGAUGGGAAUUCUCUGUUUAAGGAGGAGAAACUAGAGGAGGCCAUGCAACAGUAUGAAAUGGCCAUUGCAUACAUGGGGGACGAUUUUAUGUUUCAGCUGUAUGGCAAGUAUCAAGAUAUGGCUUUGGCAGUGAAGAACCCAUGCCAUUUAAACAUGGCAGCUUGCCUCAUCAAGCUGAAACGAUACGAUGAAGCAAUUGGUCACUGCAACAUUGUGCUGACAGAAGAAGAGAAAAAUCCUAAAGCUCUGUUCAGGAGAGGGAAAGCAAAGUCAGAGCUCGGACAGAUGGAAUCAGCCCGCGAUGAUUUUCGAAAGGCACAAAAGUAUGCACCUGAUGACAAUGCGAUUAGAAGAGAGCUACGAGCACUUGCAGAACAAGAGAAAGCUGUGUACCAAAAGCAGAAAGAAAUGUACAAAGGAAUGUUCAAAGGGAAAGAAGACGGCGCUAAGGCAAAGAGCCGUAACUGGUUAAUACUGUUAUGGCACUGGUUGGUCUCCCUUUUCAGCAGGAUAUUUGGACGCCAUAGAGUUAAAGCAGAUUGAGGUAUGAAUGAAGGUAAAGCUUAACAAUUCAACCAUAAAAGAACAUAGUGAAAAAGUCAACUCUGUGAAAAUUUACAAAACCCAAUGAAGAUUUGGGGUAGAAGAUGCUAAUAUUAGCCUUGUUUGUUCUCUGGAACCCAUUUUAUUUUCUUAAGUGAUGUUUAAUGCUUCUGAAAUAUUAGUUUUAUGAUUUAUCUAAACACAUAUGUUUAGAUGAAACAAAA